AUGUUCAUUUAUAUUUCAUUAAAGUAUUUUUUCGUUAUAGAAAAUAACAUUGUUAAAGAAGAAGUUAUUAUUCCUGACUUAAUAGAAGAAAACAUAGAUCAAAAUACUUAUUUGGAUACUUCAUACAGUCAAAUAAAAGAAAACAAAUCUAUUAAAAAAGAGAAUGGAAUUCUUGUUUCUCAAAAAAAUAAGAAAAAAAUUCAUGGUUCAGAUAAUACAUUUUUUAUAGAACAAAAUACUCAGUUACAAGCUGAAACCUUAUCUACACAUGAUCCAAUAGAAAUUACUUUAGAACAGUGUUAUAAUCUAUCUGUUCUGAAGUUAAAAAAUACACCAAUUCCAGUGAUUUUAAAAUUGCAAAACUUAAAACCAAUUCAAAAUAAAACUGCGAUACAAAUAAGCAAUAUAAAGAAAGACAAUUUAAUUGAACACACAUUAAACACAAAAGAUAAGCAUAUUAUUAAUACAGGCAAUAAUUUUACUGAAAUGAAAGAAGUUAUCGAACUAGAUUCUGAAGAGCAAAUUGCAACUAGAAAUAGAAGAUAUUAUCAUGUGGUUUGUUUAACUUGUAAAAAAUUAAAACAACCUAAUGAUUCAAGUAAUAGAUGCAAAGAUUGCCAGAAUAUAUUUCAAUACGAAUGUUUGAGAUGUCGAGAUUUACUCUCUUCAAAACAUGAAUAUUUUAAUCAUUUGAAAAUAAAAGAAUUUUGUCCUGAAAUACAAGUGCCAUUAUUUUUAAAAAAUGAUUCUUACGCAUUAGCAACAAUGAUGGAAAGAAAUCAGUGUUCAAAUAAUGUAUGGGACAGAGCACAAAAAUUGGUAUCAGUGGUAAAAAUAGCAAGGAAAAAAUCGAUUAAUGGUAAGUUCAAAAGAAUCAAGUCAUGCUGUCCUAUUUGUGAUGAAACAUAUCCAGUAGAAAAUGGAAAUUUCUGGUGUAAGACAUGUGAUGCAUCAUCCGUAUUUAAGUGUCAAACUUGUAAUAGAAAUUAUACAACAUAUUGCGGUGCAAUUUAUCAUACAGAGAAUCAUGUUACAAAAAAACUGAUUUUUGAAUGUCAUGAAUGUUCUUUCAAACAUAAGAAAAAACGAGCACUUUCUACUCAUAUACGUCACAAACAUUUACAAAAAGAAGCUGAGGCAAAGAAACCACGUAACAAAAAAGCUCAGUGUCCUGAUUGCAAAUUGAUUAUUACUACUAAUAGCUAUUGGAGGAAACAUGAAUAUAGCUGUCGUAAAAAGAUUUAUUUCAAAUGCACUUUAUGUACUGAAAAAUAUUUAGCUAGAGAAGAAAUAAGAUUACACCUCUUGGUUGCUCAUGAAAAGACUGAUUCUCAAAUUUUUGAGUUGAUUAAAAAAAUUGAAGACAACAGAAAUAAUCAAUUAGAAGAAAAGGUAAAACAAAGAAAGCAAGAAAAUACACCACAAAAACAUAUAAAUAUUGAAAGCAGUAAUAAACUUAAAUCACGUUACAUUACUCCAUACUGCAUUGAUUGCAAUAAAACAUAUGAACAUCUAAGAAUAAGUAAUAAUAACAAUUGUCCAAAAUGCAAAUCAAUUGUACAAGUACAGUGUAAAUUUUGCAAAAAAUCCUUCAAAAAAUAUAUGACAGCAUAUUAUCAUAUAAAAAAAAAAUGUAACAAAAUAAAAAUAGCCAUAUCAAUCGAAAAGAACAGUAGGUUAAUUAGAAAAAAAAUGACUUUAGGCCAUAGCACCAUGAUUAUGCCAAUUGUUCUUGUAGAAAAACUACCUUUGAACUUUCAAAAUCAUUCUGUUGCUGAGGAAGAUGCUUCAUCCUCAAAUGCUUCUAAUGAUUCAGAUCAAAUAUUGAAUCACAAAAGCAACAAGGAUUUUUAUUGCACAAGGCUAAGAAAUAAACGAAAGAAAAGAAAAAAGAGACUUAAAACAUGUAAAAAUAAUCAAGCUCAACCAGUAUCAGAUAAUCUAAGAAGAAUUAAUCAUAACCCUUUAGCUAUUAAGACUAUUAACAAGAAUUAUGUUGCAAAAACAAAAGCUCAGAAAGAAAAGAAAGUACAUUUAAAAUCAUAUGGUUUCAACAUUAUGAACAAAUUAACAUUUAGAGAAGAAUAUUUGAACCAUUUAUACACACCUAUAGUUGUUUUAGAGAGGUUGUCAAUUUCACAUAGAACAAAGCCAAAUAUAAUAGAAGACAAAAAAAGACUUAAGAAUAUACAAGAAGAAAAAAGCAGACAGCUUCAAGAGGAAAAAUUGAAGAAAGCUGUAGAAAAAGAAAGACUCCGAAAAGUACAAGAAGGAGAAAGAUUAAAAAAGAUAGCAGAGAAAGAACAACUACAAAAAAUACAAGAAGAAGAGGACAAGAAAAAGAUUAAAGAAUUAAAAUUAAAUAAAGCUGUAGACAAAGAACGGUUGCUAAAGUUACAAAAAGAAAAGAAGAAAAAACUGAUUGAAGAAGAAAAAAUUAAGAAAGUUGCAAAACAAGAACGGCUUCAAAACGUACAAGAAGAAGAGGAGCAAAAAAGAAACGAAGAAACAAAUAUUCAAAAAGAUACUGAACACGAACGACUUUGGAAGAUACAAGAAGAGGAGAAAAGAAAAAUCAAAGAGGAAAAAUUAAAAAAGACCGCAGAAAAAGAACGAUUACAAAAAUUACAAAUAGAGCAGGAAAGGAAAAGGACAGAAGAAGAAAAAUCAAAAGAAUCUGGAAAACAAGAAAAACUUAAAAAGUUGCAAGAAGAAGAGGAAGAAAAAAGAAGACUUGAGGAGGGAAAGCUAAAAAAAGCUACGGAACAAAAACGACUUCAAAAGUUACGAGAGGAAGAGGAGAAAAAAAAACUUGAACAGGAAAAGCUAAAAAAUAUCAUGGAACAAAAACAACCACAAAAAUUACGCGAAGAAGACGAGAAGAGAAAAAUCGAAGAGGAAAAAUUAAAAAAAUCAGCACAAGAAAAACAACUCGGAAAGCUACGUGAAGAUGAAGAAAAGAAAAAGAUCAAUGAUGAACAACUAAAAAAUGCAGUAGAACAAGAACGGAUGCGAAAGUUGGAAGAGGAGAAAGAAAAAGUGAAGGCAGUCGAACAAGCACGUCUCAAAAAAUUACAAGAGGAAGAGGAAAAACGAAAGAUCGAGGAAAAAAAUCUGAAAAAAGUUGUGGAACUAGAACAACUUCGAAAGUUACAAGAGGAAGAGGAAAAGCAAAGAACCGAAGAGGAACGGCAGAAAAAGGCAACUGAAAAAGAACGAUUACAAAAAUUACAAGAGGAGGAAAAAAAGCGAGAGAUCAAAGAGAACAAAUUAAGACAAAUAGCAGAACAAGAAAAAUUGCAAAAAUUACAAAAGAUAGAGGAAAAGCGAAAGAUGCUAGAGGAAAAUCUUAAACAAGAAGCAGAAAAAGAACGACAGAAAAAAUUAUUGGAAGAGAAGGAAAAGCGAAGUUUGGAAGAGAAAAAACUAAGAGAAGUAAUGGAAAAAGAACGACAGCAAAAAUUACUUAAAGAGGAGACAAAGCGAAAGAGCGAGGAUGAAAAGUUAAAGGAAGCAGCCGAAGAAGUCCGACUCCGACAGUUAUGUGAAGAGGAAAAGACAAAAAGAAUCGAAGAAGAAAAAUUGAUAGAUUCAAUCGAACAAGAAUGUACUCAAAAAUUAUGUGAAGAGCUGGAAAAGAAAACCGAAGAAGAAGAACUAAGAAAAGCAGCAGAAGUACAGAUUCCAGAGUUGUAUGAAGAGAAGAAAAAAAAACUGAAAGGUGAAAAAUUAAAAAAAAUAGUAGAAAAAGAACAUCUUCAAAAUGAAAAAACGAUACAACCAAAUUUGACGAAGGAACGAGAGAGAGAAGCACAAGAAGAAAAAAUUUUAAAAAUUGUAGACACACAAAGAUUAAAGAUAAUAAAUGAACAAGAGGAAUUGAAAAAAGCUAAAUUACAUAAAGAAGAGGAUAGAAGAACGCUAGAGGAACAAAUAAAAAAAAUUGCUGAACAAGAACAACUCCAAAAGUUACAAAAGGAGGAAAUAAAAAGAAAAAUCGAAGAGAAAGAAUCGAAGAAAAAAGCAAAGAAGGCUGAAAUUCUCAAGUUAAAAGAAGAAGUAAGACAAAAGCAGUUUGAGGAGAAAAUAUUGAAAAAAGCAGCGCAACUAGAAGAACUCCGAUUAAUAGAAGCACAGAAAAGGAGAAUCGAAGAGGAAAAGUUAAGAAUAGUUGAGGAACAAGCACAAAAGUUACGCGAAGAAGAAUAUAAAAUAAAUAUUGCUGAACUAGAACGACUAAGGCUUGCAGAAGAUGCUCAGAAACAUAUUGAAGAAAAAAAGUUGAAAAGGGUAGCCGAACACAAAUAUCUGCAUCUGUUACGUGAAACGGAGAAGAAACGAAUCGAAGAACAAAAACUAAGAAAAGCAAUAGAAGAUGAAACGAUACGACAAAAUUUGAAAAGAGAACAGGAAAGAGUAGCCGAAACAGAACGAUUGAAAAGAAUAGCGGAAGAAGAAAGAAUAAAAAAAAUUAUAGAAAAAGAAAAAUUAAAAAUAAUUGAAGAACGAGAGAUAUUGAAAAAAGUCAUCGAUGAGGAAAGGUCAAAAACUUUAGCAGACAAGCAAAGAUCAAGAAAAGCUAUAGAAAAAGCUCUUUUAAAAAAAAUUGCAGAUAGAGACAGAUUCAAAGUAAAACUUCAAAUACGAAAAAUCUUGACUGAUAGUGAUAGAAGAACUGAAGACUCGCACAAAGUAAGCGAAUCACAAAGCUCGGAAAAUGCUAUAAUUGGAACUGAAAAUAACCAUAACGUAUUUGAGCAAGAAGUUUCAGAUGUUACUAUAAAUGAAAAAGAUAAUACUGAAAAAUCGAAAAAUAAUUUACCAGACGGUGUACUCAAUACUAUUAAAAUAGAAACGAUGGACGAUUACGGGAUAGUAAGAAAGGAAAGUAAUGUAAUUGAACAGAAUGAUGUCAAUAAUUACGAACAAUUCAAUGAAGAUGAUUCUUGCUUAGAUCAUGUCGAUGGAUCCGCUUAUAUAAAAACUGAAAGUGCAGAUAAUCAAGAAGAUGAAUGUAGAAGUGGAUCUAUGACAUUGCAAGAAGCUUGUGAACAAAUAGCAAACGACAAUAUUUGUGAGGAUAAUUUUGAAAGUUCCAAUGUUUGUAUAGCAGGCCUCAAUUCAUUAUUAAGUAUUCCUAAUGAUUCUGACGAUGACGCAUUAGAAGCAGAAAUGGAUGGACAUGUAGAUAACCAUUUCAUUGCGGUAAACCCACGUCCAUUUGAAUUGAAUGUUUCAUCUGCAUUGGCUAAGAUGUUUAACUGCAUUAAAUGUGGCCAAUUUUUCAAAUCCGAGCGAAGUUUGAGAGAUCACACGAGAUGCUGUAUGGUACCACCCUAUUUGGAAUGUGUAUUUUGUUUUUGGAAGACUAAUCGAAAGAAUACUUUAAGAAAGCAUAUCAAAGUUAAACAUAAACAAGAAUGCCCAGAAGCACAUCUUGAACCUCUUCUUGUGGAAAUAUUUAAAAAGUCAGCUCCAUUAAGAGCUAUAGCUGAACGGGCAGCAUUACUUGAUAACACUCUACUCCACAAUUCAAAAAGCUUAACGUUAAGAUGUGACGAGUGUUUUGAAACAUUUGUUACAAAGGCUCGACUUCAAAAACAUAUAUUCAAAAGACAUUGGAGAAUGCCAACUGAAGUUCAGUUGCACAAUCAAGACGAAUUUGUUGGCGCUGAAAUUGAGGAUAUUGAUCAAAUAUUUACCUCCGAGAUGAUAACGUCUGAUGAUCCUCUAGAAGAGCAGACUCUUGAAAAUCACCCAGAUUUAAAAGAUAGAGAUGAUGAGCUGCCAAGUUUAUCUAAAUCGCCCAGAUCUGCUCUAGUUGAAAGUACCUACGGUUUCGUUCUGCCACAAGAAACUCAAAACUUUGUAUCCCAAUCGGUGACAUGCUGGUGUCCAACCUGCGACAAAUGGACUUCAGCAUUAGAAAAAUACAUAAAAUGCCAAAUUUGUGAUACUCCAUACAUCUACGGUUGUAAAUGGUGUGCACAGCAAAAACGCAACUAUCAGCUUUCGCGUAUCCACGUAAUUCGUCAUCAUACCGAACGUAUUCAUACUUGUGGUUAUUGUGGACAUAAUUUUAGUUACAUUCAAGAUUACAGACAUCACCUAAAGUACUGUGUCAAAGAAAAAAACAUUAUAUGUCCUAAUGCUAAUUGUUUAUUUAAAACUAAAUAUCAGCGUAGCCUUAAGCAUCAUCUCUUGACAUGUCGUGAAGCAAAAGAUUCCAGAUCGACAGAAAAUUUAUCAAAUUCGAGACCAUUACCUGAACUAGUGCCAAUAAUGAGGGUUAAUAACGAAGAUACGAUAGAUGAUAACAGAAGUAAUGAAAAGUUAGAAUACCGUAGCAAAUUAGGUUCUCAAAGGAAGAGACAACUAAAUUCCAGUGUGUUGAUGGAAAAUCAUAUUCCUAGAAAAAAAAGAGAAUUAGAGCCGCUUCCCAAAUUAAAAUUCUAUUUAAAGAAAAAUUGUCUAGAGAACUGGACAAAAAACGGAUCAUCUUCUAAGCAUAAACACGUGAAAAAAACAAGAAGUAUAAUAAGACGGUAUCAUUGCUAUAAGUGCGGCAAAAUUUAUAAGAGCAAUAAUCAAUUGUCCCGCCACAUGUCUUGCUGCGUCAAAGUUAAUAUGUUUGUCAGUUGCGAUCAUUGCUCCUUCAAAACUGUCUCCAAAUCGACCCUCGUUGCACAUAUACACUCCAAACAUGCUGCCAGGCUUUUCCGUGGUAUUGAAGCUUUUAAUUGUGUUAAUUGCCGUCAGGUGUUUAGAAAUUAUUUUAUCUAUGAGAGGCACACUGACAAAUGCAAAAAAGCAAGAUUUUAAAAGACGUACGUAAUAUUGUUGUGUCUUGCGCUUCCGCAUUGAGAUGAGUGUUCACAUGACAAAUGAAGCCAUGUCUGGCAAUGUUUGCAUGACUUUUUUUAUAUAUUUUGAUGCGUGCAUGAAAUAAGUAUUGCCUUUUAGAACAUUUAACUGUACUGCGGAUCUCUACACAUAAUCACCUAAGAUAGUAAUUGAAAUAAGUUUUUUUCUUUAUUUUCAACUAUUAAAUACAAUGAUAAAAGAAACUAGUCCAUUAUAUUAUUACUCCAUAUAUAACAAAUUAGAAGUUUGUGAUUUCUAUUACGAACGAUUACUGCCAAAAUAAUGUUUUUUUUUAUCGUUUUGACUCUAUUAUGUAAUACAAAAUGAGAAAGUCUGAUUGUCAAAUAAAAAUUGGAAAUGCGAAUGAAAAACAAAAAUACAUGUUGAUUUCUACUUUAAUGAAAAUCAGUUGUAAUGUUUUAGUAUAAUUAUCGUAUUUUUCUUUCCAUUCGUGAUAACGAUAUGAAAUAUUUUCCAACUCAAAGUAUUAUUUAAAAUUAUGUUUGAUCGAUGCGUUGUAAUACAUUUUUAAUAAAUUUUUUAUAACAGAAAUAAAUGAUCCAUUUUGGUACCUGUCAUCGAGAUACACGAGCAACCUCUACGAUCUAGGUAAGCCGGAUUUGGGACUUAGGUAACUUAGAAGUUAAGACUAAGGGAUGAAAGCUUGGAGUCUAAUAUUGAAAGACUGAAAGCAAAGCAUAAAGUAAAGCAUACUGCUUUACGCCGCAUAACCUACA